UCAGCCUCCACAGUAUGCGACAAAGGCGAGCAUCAAGAAAACAAGUCAAAGAUGAAGAGUAGAGCGAGAAGAUCACUUGUGCUGCUGAUCGUCUGUUUGGCCGCUUUUCUUGCUCUCGGACAGUGUCAAUGCCAAGCAGGCUGGCGAGAGAACGACCACAAAUGUUACUACUUCUCCGCUGACACAAUGACGUGGUGGGAGGCUAACACCUUCUGUUUAUCACAAAAUAGCAACUUGAUGAGCAUUCAGGACAUCCACGAGAGGUUGUGGGUCAGGACGCAAAUCGGCACAGAGAUCUUCUGGAUCGGCUUGACAGACGGAAUCACAGAGGGCGUGUGGGAGUGGACGGAUGGGAGUCCUUUCAUACAAUACAUAUCGUACUGGGUUCAAGGUCAGCCUGACAACUGGGGUGACGAGCCGGGUGAGGAUUGUGGUCAAGUGGUGGGCGGCAGCUCUGGUCGCUGGAAUGAUGAGAACUGCGACGUCAAGAGGAAAUACAUCUGCAAGCAUGCCAACUCCAAUCCGGGGCCACACUGCGAUCUGAGCAAUGGGUGGGACCGGUACAGCUCCAACUGCUACAAGCUGAAGUCGGGAACCGCCAAGAGCUGGUCGGCGGCCCGUCACGACUGCAUCAUGGAGGGCGGCGACCUCGUCUCCAUCACCUCCGAGCGGGAAGAGCUGUAUGUGACCGGGUUGCUGGAUCCUUUCCGGAUCGACCUCUGGAUCGGACUCUCCAAUCUGAAAUGCAAUAAGAUCUCGUGUGAGCUCCAAGAAGGAAGCGUUCACAUGAACUGGUCCGACGCCCUGCCGAUAAACUACACCAACUGGGCACCGGGUGAACCCAAAAUCAACGGCGAAGUGGGCUCCUGCACGGCGAUCAUCAAAGAUCGCUCUGAUGAGUUUGGCAAGUGGAGGUCACACCUAUGCCGUCAGGAGCGUCCGUACAUGUGCAAACGGCCAGUGAACACCAUCUGCCCUGCCGGAUGGCAGAGUUUUUCCGGAAGCUGCUACUGGCUAGUCAGCAACACUGACCUACUGACCACCUGGUACGAGGCCUUCGCCACAUGCUCCAAUGAGGGGGCUCACCUGCUCGUCAUCAACAGCCAAGAUGAACAAUUCUUCAUUAACGGGAAACUUCCUGACUUUCACCAAGUGGAUGUUCCUGACAUCUGGAUUGGUUUAUCAGAUAAGGACCAGGAUGGGACAUUCCACUGGGUGGACAAAACCCCCGUUAACUACACAAACUACGGACCCGGUUGGCCUAGAAACACUGCAAACAUCUGGGACUGCGGAAUGAUCUUCACAGGAAAUUAUGAAGGAAAAUGGGAAACCAGCAGCUGCUUCAAGAAGCACGGUUACAUUUGUGAGAUGACGGGAGGUCAAAACCCCAAACCGACUCCAGCGCCGACUUCCCACUGCGACCCCGGCUAUUUGCUGUAUGGUGACUUUUGCUACCAUUUCGAGGGGGAACUGGUGAAAACAUGGCAAGAUGCAGAGACUUACUGCGUCGCACAACAAGGUCACCUCGUCAGCUUUCACUCGCAGGAAGAGCUCAGCUUCUUGAUUGCCCACAUGCCGGGAAAGGCGUGGGUGGGACUCAACGAUAUUAAUAUCGAAAGCCAGUUUGUGUACACUGACGGAACAGCUACAAACCUCCUCCCGUGGGCACCAAACCAGCCGGACAACUGGCAGAACAACGAGGACUGCGUUCACCUGGAAGGUCCGAUGCACACAGAAGCGGGAAAACUCAAAGACGACUUCUGCACAGCCACCAAUGAAUUCAUCUGCAAAAAAGCCAAGGGCCAGGGGCCUCCUCCCCAGCCGCCAACAUCAGGACCAGGCUGGAAUGAAAAAUGCAGCUCGUGGACGGCGGACCCCUUUAAUGACUUUUGCUACCUGUUCAAUUCCCUGUCGGCGAGGACUUGGGCUGAGGCGCGAGCCGACUGCGUCAACCAGGGAGGAGACUUGGUCAGCAUCACCGACCCCUUUGAACAAGCCUUCAUACAAGGUGUGAUUCAGGUGAGCCCAACCGGGAUCUCCCUGUGGAUGGGCGGCCAUGAUUCCAUCACUGAAGGCGGCUGGGAGUGGACAGAUGGAUCCCCGUUCAGAUACGUACGCUGGAGUGCAGGUAAUCCCGACAACUACUUUGGCGAAGACUGUCUUUCCAUCAUCAUCAACAACGGCUACUGGAAUGACGAUAACUGUGAGAACAGGAGAGGGUACAUCUGCAAGAGAAGAGGAAGGACACCGGAACCCCCACCCCCUCAUGAUGGGUUCAUGACGGCAAUCGCUUGCCAGGAAACAUCCAUUGUCCUUCAUUGUCCGCAAGAAAGUGUCAUCAACAUCCAGUCAGCUUUCUACGGACGGAAGAGUAGUGACGUCUGUCCACAUCUCGGAGGGUCAGAUGGGAGCUGUAUGGUGGAAGGCGUCCUCCCGUACUACAGGAAAGUCUGCGACAACCGUCCCUUCUGCUUGGCGUACGCAUACGCCGAGGUGGACCCUUGCCCCUCGGUUUCCAAAUACCUCGAGAUCGUCUACAGCUGCGAACAGAAAGUGUGUCUUCACGGUCUGGGUAUGGAGGACAGGAACAUCACAGACUCCCAAAUUUCAGCCUCCUCAUCCAUGAGCAGCUUCCCCCCCAACAAAGCCCGCCUGAACGGAAACUCCUGUUGGAAGCCAAUCGGAAAUCCCACCGGCAGCUGGAUCCAGGCAAGUCUUGGCCAGAAAAGAAAGGUGACGGGGAUCGUGAUACAAGGUUGUCCUAACAGUGACCACUGGGUCACAAAGUUUAAGAUGCAGCAUAGUAUCGAUGGACAGUCGUGGACGGACUACACAGCUGACGGGCAGUUUUUGCCCGGAUCAACAGACAGAAACACCGCCGACACUCAGCUCCUCGGCACGCCUGUUUCUGCUCAGUACAUUCGCAUCCUGCCACUGGAGUAUAGCGGUCAAGUCGGCCUUCGCUUUGAGGUCUUGGGAUGCACGCCUGACUAUGCGAUCACCUGUGCCAGCAAGGCUAACUUUGACCUCGGCAAUGACCGAAUGACGGUCCACUGUCCAGCGGGCUGCGCUAAAUCCAGCUACGCCGUCUAUGGAACUGACAUCUAUCGAGCGGAUUCAAACAUCUGUGCAGCCGCUAUCCACGCCGGCGUCGUUCUGAGUGAAAUCGGAGGAGAUUGUACUUUGCUGAAAGCUGAGGGAAAGAAUUUCUAUGCCGGCUCAACCAGGAAUGGGAUUACUUCGACACAAUAUGACGGCGAAUAUCCUCUGUCUUAUACUUUUGCAAAUGGAGAGUUAAGAUGUUCGGGACCCGACUGGUACGAGUUCGGGGAGUUCUGUUACAAAUCAUUCCAGGACAAAAAGACAUGGGCCGAUGCUCAGGACACCUGUAGGAGUAUCGGUGCUGAACUCGUGUCCAUCCGCUCCAUGGUGGAGCAGAGCUGGCUGGAAAGUUACCUGUACUUUGCCACCAGUGACAUGUGGACAGGACUGAAUGACUUAUUAGUUUCCGGCAUGUACGUAUGGUCGGACCAACACAUGGUGACUUUCACCUACUGGGCCCCGGGACAACCCAACAACCAUCACGGUUUCAAUGACGAUUGUGUGAAAAUGUUACACCAGACUGGCAGAUGGAACGACGUGUCCUGCACAGAACUCAAUAGGUUCAUGUGUAAAAUGCCCAAGGGGCAUUACCAGCUUCCCUCAGUGAAGCCCACUGUGUACGGCUGCCCGCAGGGCUGGGAGGCUUACGGCUACGGUUGCUACUGGAUGGAGGAGACGGGUCGGAGCUGGUCGGACGCCAAGGCCUUUUGUAAAGAGCAGGAUGCAUUUUUGCUGCACAUCGGAGACAUAUACGAGCAAGCACAUUUUACGGUGGUGCUGUCAGGAAAAACAGGUUUGUGGUGGAUUGGUCUGCGAGCCAAAGGGGGUACCGGCGGAGGGGUGCAGUAUAUCUGGGAGAAUGGCUACCCAUUGACCUUCACUCACUGGGACAGAAACCAGCCAGAUAACGGGGAUGGCACAUGCGUGGCCAUGACAACCGGUCAAGUCGGGGGCUUCUGGGAUGACAAGCAGUGCUCAGAGAAAUUUGCCUUUGUCUGUGAGAAACCCCGGCCAGACAUCACCCCGCCCACCGAGGCCCCAACCCCUCCUCCCGCACAGGACUGCGUUGCUAGCUGGACCUCCAAGCCCAAUUUUAGGAAUUGUUACAGGCUCUUCCACAAUGUGGACUGGUCCCUGAAGAAGAGCUGGGGGGCUGCGCAUGAAGACUGUGUGGCAAGGGGGGCCAACCUGGUCAGCAUCCACAGUCAGGAGGAGGAGGACUUCCUGUCCCUUUACAGCAAAGGAAGCAGCAAGUGGAUUGGCCUGAGGAACAACCCCACAGAAGGAGGAUAUUCCUGGAGUGAUGGUUCAGCGCUCUCGCACACCCACUGGGGUCCCGGCGAGCCAAACAACCACGAGGGUCGGGAGGAGUGCGUGGAGAUGGUUAGCAGCGCCAACGGCACCUACUCCUGGUGGAACGAUCUCAACUGCGAUGCCCACCAAGACUGGAUAUGCAUGAUUGCCAAAGGACAGAACCCCAUCCUGCCUCCGGUGCCCCCCUCGCCAGUACCGGCUCCUGAUUGUGGCAGCAACCCCGGAUGGAGGAAGAACAACAACAUGUGCUACUACUACAACGACACGGACAUUGUGGACUUCCACACGGCUAUGCACCGCUGUUGGGUCGAGAAAGCCCGACUCGUCUCCAUCCUGAACAAGGACGAACAGGCAUAUGUCAACAGCAUGGUGGGAACGGGUCAGAUUUCUGCUGCUUGGAUUGGACUGAGGAUGUUGGGGAUUUCAGAUGGCCAAUAUGCGUGGCAAGACAAUUCUCCCGUCUCGUACACACAUUGGAGUCCAGGUGAGCCCAACAACGCCAACGGGGAGGAACAGUGCGUUCAGAUGAAGCGACAUCAAGGUGGUUGGAACGACGUGAACUGUGGUCGAGCCGCAGCUGGGUACGUGUGCAAGAAGUUUCCCGGAACCGAUCACACUCCUCCUCCCCCCACGCAACCCUGGGAGGGCUACUGCCCAGCCGGAUGGAUGCAUUUCAACGAUAAAUGUUUCCUGUUCAAGGGAAAGAAAAACGAUAUUAAAGCCAACUGGACGCAUGCACGAAGUUUGUGCAAAGACCAAGGAGGAGAGCUGGCCGUUAUCGACAAUCAAUAUGAAAAUGACUUUGUGUCCAGUUACCUGAAAGACAUGGAGCUUCCCACGUGGAUCGGUUUGUCCGACAUCCUGGUGGAGAAUCAGUACGCCUGGAGCGAUGGCGUGAGCCCAGUCCUCUACACCAACUGGAACGGCAAAGAGCCCAACAACGCAGGGGGGACGGAGCACUGUGUGAGCAUAAGUCACAGUGUACUUGUGAGCGGGAAGUGGAAUGACGACGCUUGUCAUAAAAAACACAGUUUUGUCUGCUUCAGGAAGAAAUCGAGCAGUAUCACGCCGCCUCAUCCUACAAGCAGCCCCUGUCCCGCCGGCUACAUAUCCUGGUACUUGAACUGCUACAAGCUGGUGGAGGAGCCGGCGACCUGGGAUGCAGCUCAGAAGGCUUGCGAGCAGCAGGGCGCCAACCUGGCUAGCAUCGACAUGAGCUACGACCAGGCCUUUGUCGCCGGAGUGGUCCUGCAGGGAAAAGCUGAUGCCUGGAUCGGACUGAAGCUCAAGGAUGAUGGCUCCUUCGCCUGGACAGAUGGCUGGCCGGUAUUCUUCACUCAGUGGGGUCCCGGAGAGCCCGACAACCUAAAAGACGAGGGUUGUGUCAGCAUGCGAGGGUCGCCAUUGUUUCACGGCACUUGGAACGACACCCGGUGUGACCAAGCCAAACCCUACAUCUGCAAGAUCUCCUCCGAGAGACCACCGGUGACUCCCGCUCCCGGCGACGGGAAGUGCUUACCAUUCUGGAUUCCGUACGGUCGCUACUGUUACUGGGUCUACAAUGAGCAGAAGGGCUUCUCCUGGCCCGACUCGCGACAUUACUGCCAAGAAGCGAAGACUGAGCUGGCGUCCUUCCACAGUAGGGCAGAGUUGGAGUUUAUCAGGAAUCUCAACCACACCAAAUAUCACAACUUUUGGAUCGGCCUCACCAGGGAUCGCAACUUUGGCUGGAGCUGGACGGACAAGACGCCUCUGGGCUUCCUCAACUGGGCUCCCGGUGAGCCCAAUGCGGCUUUUCACCCGGGCCAAGUGGCCGAGGAGAACUGCGUGGAGAUGUACCACGACGGACGUUGGAACGACAACGACUGCCUGCAGAAAAGAGGCUUCGUGUGCCGUCACAGACAAUACUACACCACCGACGAUGGCGGAAACCCCGUUUUUCCUACAGACGGUCCAAAUGUUGACGACAGUGGCGUGAACGUCGGUGUCAUCGCUGCAGUCGUCGUCAUUGUCAGCCUGAUAGCCGGACUCCUCUUCUACGUGUUCAGCGUGCGAGGCUACAAGUUGAGCAGCCUAAGGCAAAGCUUCUCGAAGCGGACGACCACGAACGUCGACAUUCCUGCAUUCAGCAACCCCAACUUUAUGGAUGAUGUGGACAAAUAACUUUCACAAUGUGGCAAAUGUUUUCCCACGUUGUGAUGAAAGAGCCAAAACAGAAUGCUAAAUGACAGCAGUGAACAAAC